AUGAUACGGGGCGUUAACACGUUCUGUGUGUUGGGUUUCGGGGCGAAUGAUGCAAUUGUAAACGGCAAAAUCCGGUGUGCGUUAAGUUUAAAAAAAAAUGUAGUUUCACAUGUGGGUUUGAUCGAGUGGGGUAGCGAAGAGAACUGCGCCCGCGCAGUCAGUAUCUGUGCAGUUUGUGUUUGUGCGCUCGCGCUCAAGGAGUUACUAGACAUAAUCAUGCGAAUACUACUGCUCUGUACCCUCCUAGGGGUAGCCUUAGGAGACAACGAUUGGCAACCAAUUAUGCCCGAAGAGUUAUCCUACAGCUCCUUUGUGAAGUCACCAGAACGGUCUUUGCAACAAAGCAGUCUCAAGAUACUGAACCGCCGUCCAUCACCGUCAUACUCCAGCAACAAGUUGUCCUCGUCGAUAAACUUGGCGCCGCCGCUCGGCAGCGACUCCUGCAGCGUCUACAAGGUGUCCAUGAACCAAGAGCUGUUCUACCAGUACAUGGAGUACGAGAAACGCCUGCCCGACCUCAAGGAGUUCACGCUCUGCGCUUGGACCAAGUUCCACAACCAUUCCGCUGACCAUCCACUAUUCUCCUAUUCGGUUGGCGAUAACCCACGGGAGAUUUUAGCGUGGAUCUCAAACACUAACGAGGCGAGUUACUUCAGCAUGGCUGUCCACGGGCAGACAUUCUUCAGGCUCAACUACCCAUUGAAGUUGAACAAAUGGUACCACUCCUGUCAGUCGUGGAAUGGCAAAACGGGCGAAUGGCAAAUUUGGGUGAACGCUGAGCGAGUGGGCCGAGGAUUCCAUAACAGGCUCGUCGGUCUUGUCAUCAAAGGUGGCGGCGUAGCUGUGAGUGGUCAAGACCAGUCACUUCUUUACAACAAAGAUAACUUGGAUCAAACGAAACCGCAACCAGGUUUUGUGGGCGAAAUAACUAUGCUGCAAAUAUAUCAAGUCGCCCUAACAGCUGGCAAAGCGCACAAGGACCACAAGCAUCACCACGCACACCACUUCAAACACGACGGAACUCCCGUAGACUCCUCCACUGAGCCAGCCACCGAACCUCCUCCGCCGGAAGCCACGCCACUCGGUAACGGCAACUUCCUCGUCGGUGGCCAACUACAGAGACCGCAGAACUUAAAUCUCGCCGGGGCCCAGCAAAUGAUCCCCAUACAAUUACCAAACGGGCUUCAAAUACAACAGGAGUACAUUAACGGUCAGCUUGGCAACAGGAUUGUGUCGGAACAGCUAGUGAACAGCGUUCAGCCUUCGCCAAACCGAUUGCAGAUUCCACAACACCAAUUAGUGUCAUUACCUUCUCCUCCUCCUGUGCCCGUACGUCAAGGACCAAGUUAUCAGACGCGCCCUAUUGGCCCGUCUAAGGGAACAACGGUGGUGCUUACCGGAUCCUUGCUAAAUCCUGCCAAUGUGCAGUACAUCGACGACACAAUUGGGCAUAAUUUGUAUAAAAGGGAUUCAAAUAAAAGGGACAAGAGGGACAAUCCAGAGAAAGAACUUCAAACCAGUAAAAAAGACAAGCGUGGUCUUGUAGCUCUUUCUGACGGUUCCAUUGUGGAUGAAGCUUUGCUGAGUACAGACCUGGUUGGUGAAAAGGAGGACGACGUUCUUUUCGAAGAGUCCCUAUUAAACGGCCUAGCUGGAGUAGUCGGGAACGUUCCCGUACAAAACAUGCAGAAGAAAACGGUGGAUGAAAGAGAACCAGCGGAGGCUGAGGUUAAGGCUGUAAUGCAAGUAUGCAGUGGUUGCGCUCAAGAGCCCUUCAAGAAGGCUUUGGUACUAUCCUGGAGAUCCACGCCAAAGAAACUGUUCAGCGGUGCUCAUUACUACAAGGGUCUGCCAAUAUGUAAAGCAUUUUAGACUUUAACGCGACACGUGAUGAAGCAAACGCUAAAACACGGGACCGUUUAAAAUUUAGUAUGAGGCCGUCCCAGCUACAUUCGAGUGAAGCAACCAAAUAUUUCUCGACGCAUUGAGCAGGAUUCAUUUUCGAACAAAACUAGUUAUAAAAAGUGAAAUUAUUUAGCGAACUCACAAAUUCACGAUCGCCACCAUUGAAAAUGGAGAUCAUUCACAAUUCAGUUAGAACUAUCUCACCGGAUUUAUUAUCUUAGUAAAUAAUAGUAAUGCGACAUGAACGUAAUUGCCUAAUUACGAUUCCGAACAUAAUUAGACAAAUAAUAAUAGUAAUAAUGAUUUUUAUAUAGAAACAAUUGAAUAGACUAUCGAAACAAUAAGGAAUUAUAUAAAAAAUCCUAUAACUAUAGUAUCGCGAAACCAUGAAUGAAUACGAAACUAAUUCGAGACUUCAACUACUUAAUUCUUAUCAAUGUAUUUAAAGGGAUUGUGCUAAUAGACAAAAUAUCAUCUGGUCUUACUCAUUGUAAAUAAGUCUAAUCAUCUUCAUGCGAGCUUGCCAUUGCGAGUUAUUAUUUAUUAAAGUCUAAGUUUUACACUUGGCUUGUUCAUAGAAUUAAGGUUUAGUUUUUAAUUUGCUGAAUUGUUACCAUUUUAUAUUUUAAAUGAAUUAAGUUUAUUUUGAUUUCGAAUAAAUUUUAAAAAUAAUUUUUACUAUGAGUAUUAUUUGUUAUUUCAAUUACCAACCAACUAACCAAUAACCCACAAGAAGAAAUGUUCAACAUUUUUGUAUAUGUCAAUAAAAAUAAGACUAGGUAACUGAUCACUAAAUAUGGUAACACCGAGCGUCUAUAGCUCGUCUUACCAUAUUUACGAAAUAAUUUAUACAUUUUUUUAAGAUACUUGAAAUUUCGAAACAAAAUUUAAACUUUUUCUACCUUUUAGUAACAAAUAAGUAGGUACCUACUUAUUAAGAAGGUUUAUUAACAAUUUUUAUUUCUCCAAGCACUAUAGCCGGACAAAGCUAUAAACAAAUAUUAAAUUUCGAUGAUUGUAACCUUAAAAUUUUAACGAAUCAUUCGUUAAAGAAUUGUGUUAUAUCUACAUCCUACCUUUCGUUGAUAUGUUCACCAUCGGAUCGGAUCAUCAGUCGACUUACCUUAGACUUGUGGACGUGCUG